UGUCAUUUUAAGAGAGUUGGAAAUAAAAUUAUUGUGAUUUCCAUGUAUUUUGGAAAUAAGACUUCUUCUGGUAUUUUUGGAAGAAAAUUCUUUUGACAGUCAAAAUAAUAUAUUUGUGAAAGAAAAAAAAAAAAAGAAAUUUCAUCGUAGAAGUCAAUUAUUAAAACGAAGAAAAGAAUUAAUGCACAAGCUCAAAGGUUCAGCCCAAACCAAACACACGUACACUGCACAAAAACUACGCCGUAUAAAGAACUGAUGCAACCCCCACCAAAGAAAAAGGUUUAUACGACGCAUUCUGCGCAAGAAAUAUAAAGAUAUAAUUUGAAAACCCAGUUGGCUGGCCUCUGUAAUCAGUUCAUAAAAAAAUAUCCAAUCUUUUCCUUAAGCCCUAAAGAAAACGAAAAAAAGGGGGGAAAUUUCACCUUAAACCCUAUCGUCUCUCUCUUCGUCAAAAUUCGAAGCAAUUGAUGCCUUUUUAAGUUUAUGGUAAUGUAGCUACUUAGUUUUGCAAGAAAUCGCAGCAAUUGCGUCUGAAAUCAAACCCACUUUUGUCUUUCUGUUAUCUGGAAGCGAAGGUCACACACACAAUGAACGCCUCGAUAAUUGAUCCGUUGCAAGGAGAUUUUCCAGAGGUAAUAGAGGAGUAUUUGGAGCAUGGGGUUAUGAAAUGUAUCGCCUUUAAUCGCCGUGGAACCCUUCUAGCUGCUGGAUGCUCUGAUGGAAGUUGCGUCAUCUGGGAUUUUGAGACCAGGGGAAUUGCUAAGGAGCUUCGGGAUAAGGAUUGCAUUGCUGCAAUAACAAGCGUAUGCUGGUCAAAGUAUGGUCAUCGCAUUCUUGUUUCUGCUGCGGACAAAUCAUUGACUCUUUGGGAUGUUGUAAGUGGAGAAAGGAUUGCACGCACCAUUCUACAACAGACGCCACUUCUAGCUCGCCUGCAUCCUGGUUCCUCUGCUCCAUCUCUCUGCUUGGCAUGCUCACUUUCAUCUGCUCCAAUGAUUGUUGACUUAAACACAGGAAGCACCACUGUGCUUCCAGUUAUGGUACCUGAUAUGGGCAAUGGACAUGCCCCUCCAUCACGCAACAAAUCUUCAGAUGCAAAUCCUCCUUUUACUCCAACUGCUGCUUGCUUUAACAAGCAUGGAGAUCUGGUUUAUGUGGGAAACUCCAAAGGGGAAGUACUUAUAAUAGAUCACAAAAGCAUUCAAAUUUAUGCUAUGAUUUCCAUUCCUGGUGGUGCUGUGAUCAAGAAUAUCGUAUUUAGCAGAAAUGGACAGUAUCUGCUUACAAAUUCAAAUGAUCGGACUAUCAGAAUCUAUGAAAAUCUUCUGCCUCAGAAAGAUGGUUGUACUGCUCUAGCAGACAUGAGCAGGACUGUUGAUGAGGUAGAUGUUGUUGAGAAGAUGAAGACUGUUGGAUCAAAGUGCUUAGCACUGUUUCGAGAGUUUCAAGAUUCUAUCACAAAGAUGCACUGGAAAGCACCUUGUUUCAGUGGUGAUGGUGAAUGGGUAAUUGGUGGUUCCGCAAGCAAAGGAGAGCACAAAAUCUACAUAUGGGAUAGGGCUGGAUAUCUUGUAAAAAUCCUUGAAGGACCAAAGGAAGCAUUGAUUGAUUUAGCAUGGCAUCCUGUUCAUCCUAUUGUAGUGUCUGUCUCCUUGACCGGUUUGGUUUAUAUAUGGGCUAAGGAUUAUACUGAGAACUGGAGUGCAUUUGCACCAGACUUCAAAGAGCUAGAGGAAAAUGAAGAGUAUGUUGAGCGAGAAGAUGAAUUUGAUCUGGUUCCUGAAACUGAAAAGGUGAAAGAAUCAGAUGUUAAUGAAGAUGAAGAAGUUGAUAUUGUGACAGUGGAGAAAGAUGCUUUUAGUGAUUCAGAUAUGUCUCAGGAAGAGCUAUGCUUCUUGCCAGCUGUUCCUUGUCCUGAUGCCUCCGAACAACAGGACAAGUGUGUGGGAAGUUCUUCAAAGUUGAUGGACAGUAAUCAUUCGGGAUCACCUCUUUCAGAAGGGGCUGGACAAAAUGGAAUGGCAAUGAACCAUGCAUCAAGUCCACUUGAAGAGGACACAGGAGGCAUGCGCAUGAAGAGGAAAAGGAAACCUUCGGAGAAGGGGUUAGAGUUGCAGGCAGAGAAGGUUAGGAAACCCUUGAAACCAUUGAAAUCUUCUGGUAGACUGUCAAAAGUAAAAAAUAAAUCUGUUGACUUGGAAUUUAGUAAUGGUGCAUAUGGAGAUGACGUUUCUGACGAGUAGCAUUUGAUUGUUGUACUAAUGAAAAAAUCUUAAUUUAUCUAAUUGGACAAACGGGGCAUUAUUUGUUACUGUAGCUCAGGCAUUUAAUUUAAUAUAACUUUCACAAGCAACGGUGUGUGUUGUACCAUAGAAACUUACACACCAAUGAUGUCUCAUUUUUUCUCCAUUAAUCAAACUAAAUUCCAUCACUA